GCUCCAAACGUGCUCGCCUCUCUAAUGAAACCGAUCAAGAUACCGGCUCAGAAUCUGCCCCCAGCAGUCCACAUCCUAAAGGCUCCAGUUAUAACAACAAUGGCAAUCUCUCACCUGCACGCACUGGACCACCAAGUUCCCCUGAAUCCGAUUUGGAUGUAGAUUCAGCUCCAGAUGAGGCUACUCCUGAAAAUCUUAGUCUGAAGAAAGAAGAUUCCACCUCACCUCCGCAUACGCCCUCCAAUGACAGCAUGCAUAUGUUGAGAUCUUUUAGCAAUGGCAAUGCUCAAGGUUUUAUGCCCUAUCAUCAUACACAGUUCUUAGCAGCGGCCGCAGCCAGUGCUCAUUCACAUGCCCAACAUGCUCAACACUCGCCUCAUCAUCCUCAACAGCCACAAAUGCCACCACAACAUCCCUCGGCCAGCCAACAACAACGUUCUCCAGUCGAUGUGCUUAUGCGUGUGUUUCCCAAUCGCCGAAGAAGUGAUGUAGAACAAUUAUUGCAGCGUUAUCGAGGAGAUGUUUUGCAAACCAUGGAAGCCAUGAUUUCGGGAGAGGACAUUCUAACAAGUUCCACAAACUCACCUCCCAAUGUACCACCUUCACCACCAUUUCCUUUGAAAUCAGCUUUCUCACCUUUAGUUCCUCCGGCUGCUGUUUUCGGUUCACCCACCCACAGAUAUCCUCCAUUUAUGCAAGCCCACGCUAAACGUUUCUUAACAGCACCCUAUGCCGGUACCGGCUAUUUGCCGGGUGUUAUAAAUCCAGCAGAUGUUGAACAGUCUGAAUCGAAUGGUGGUGCGUCAGUGGAUCGUAAUAGCAAUGCUGGAGAUUCACAAGAUUGAGAUUUCGGUUUAGCCGGUGGUGAGCACAACGGCAUGUUUAGACCAUUUGAGUAGCGCUGGCGCAAUUUGGAUUCGGACUAAGUUAUCCACAAUGAAACCGAUACCAUACAUGAAUGACAAGCUGUACAUAAUCAUAAUUAAGACUCACAGACAAAUUAUUUAGGGAACUUAAUAUUUUAUAGGACAAAUUGUGUAAAAGAAGAAGUAUUUGCAAAGUGGAUGGAAUCUUCUCUAACUUUAGUCGAUCAUAAAUAUUCUUUAGUACAUGUUACUUACUUCUAAUGUUAAAUAGUAAUUGUUGCUUAAAAAAAUAAUUAAAUAAUAAUAAUUUAGUAGAACUUCAAAAUAUACGUACAUAAAAACCUACAAA